CAGUAGCUGGGAGGCGGCGGCGGCGGCGGCGGCAGCGCGGGCAGGAGCGAAGCAGCAGGACCUUCUUACAAUUUAGGCUAAUGAGGACUUAACAUUUGCAGAAUGAAAAGAUGGCACAGGCAAUGCUGGUACCACCAGGACCUGACAGCUUCUUCUACUUCACUAGAGAAUCUCUUGCAGCUAUUGAAAAACGUAUUGCUGAAGAAAAGGCAGAAGGAGACUCCAAAGAUGAAGGUGCUGAUGAAGGAAAUGGCUCCAAGCCCAACAAGGACUUGGAGGCAGGAAAAACACUGCCAUUUAUUUAUGGUGACAUACCUCCAGGAAUGGUGUCUACACCACUGGAAGACAUUGACCCAUAUUAUAUCAAUAAAAAAACUUUUAUAGUAUUGAAUAAAGGGAAGACAAUCUUCCGAUUUAGUGCCACGCCUGCCUUGUACAUUUUAUCGCCUUUCAGUUCUCUUAGAAAACUGUCUAUAAAGAUUUUGGUUCAUUCAUUAUUCAGCAUACUUAUUAUGUGUACUAUUUUAACCAACUGUGGAUUUAUGACAAUGAAUAAAACUCCAGAAUGGGCAAAGAAUGUAGAGUACACUUUCACUGGGAUUUAUACUUUUGAAUCUCUUGUAAAAAUUCUUGCAAGAGGCUUCUGUAUAGAUCAUUUUACUUUCCUUCGAGACCCCUGGAACUGGCUUGAUUUCACUGUUAUUAUCUUUGCAUAUCUAACAGAGUUUGUGGACCUUGGCAAUGUCUCAGCGUUGAGAACAUUCAGAGUUCUCCGAGCUUUGAAAACAAUAUCAGUCAUUCCAGGCUUGAAGACUAUUGUGGGAGCUUUGAUUCAGUCUGUGAAGAAACUCUCAGAUGUAAUGAUUCUGACUGUUUUUUGUCUGAGUGUAUUUGCACUAAUAGGGCUGCAGCUGUUCAUGGGCCACUUGAAGCAUAAAUGUUUGCUGUGGCCAAAGGAAAAUACUUCAGCUUUUGACAAAUAUGUUGCCCCGUACUUCAAUGAUACAGUUUUUAUGUGGAAGGAAUACCUUGAGAAUGAAAGUCAUUUUUAUAAGUUAGAAGGAGAAAAAGAUGCCCUACUUUGUGGUAAUGGCACAGAUGCAGGUCAGUGCCCAGAAGAUUAUAUUUGUGUGAAAGCUGGUAGAAACCCCAAUUAUGGCUACACAAGCUUUGAUACGUUCAGCUGGGCAUUCUUGUCACUGUUUCGUUUGAUGACUCAAGACUACUGGGAAAACCUUUAUCAGCUGACCCUACGAGCUGCUGGCAAAACAUACAUGAUAUUUUUUGUUCUGGUGAUUUUCCUGGGAUCUUUCUAUCUAAUUAACUUGAUCCUUGCUGUUGUUGCCAUGGCCUAUGAUGAACAGAAUCAAGCAACCCAAGAAGAAGCAGAACAGAAAGAGGCUGAAUUUCAGCAGAUGCUUGAACAGCUGAAAAAGCAACAAGAAGAAGCUCAGGCAAUAGCAGCAGCUGCAAUUGAAAUAACAGAUUUCAGUGGUGAAGGUAGGAUUGGUAGACUUUCUGAGAGUUCUUCAGAAGCAUCAAAAUUGAGCUCAAAGAGUGCUAAAGAAAGGAGAAAUCGAAGGAAGAAAAGACGACAGAGAGAGCUGUCUGCAGGAGAGGACCAAGUCAAGGAUGGAAAGCUUCCAAAAUCUGAAUCAGAUGGCAGUAUCAGAAGAAAAGGUUUCCAUUUCUCAUUAGAUGGGAACAAGCUCACGUAUGAAAAGCAUUUGACUUCACCCCAUCAGUCUUUGCUGAGCAUUCGUGGUUCCAUUUUUUCUCCAAGGCGCAACAGCAGAACAAGUCUGUUCAGUUUCAGAGGUCAGGGAAAGGAUAUAGGAUCAGAAAAUGACUUUGCUGAUGAUGAGCAUAGCACUUUUGAAGAUAAUGAAAGUAGAAGAGGUUCUCUCUUUGUGCCAUGCAGGCAUGGUGAACGGCGCAACAGUAACAUUAGUCAGGCCAGUAGGUCAUCAAGGAGGUUACCGAUGCUUUCAGUGAAUGGGAAGAUGAACUGCACUGUGGAUUGCAAUGGUGUGGUUUCCUUGGCUGAUCGACAACCUUCUCUUUUGUCACCUGCUGGACAACUUCUGCCAGAGGUGAUAAUAGAUAAACCAACUACUGAUGACAAUAGCACUACUACAGAAAUAGAAAUAAGAAGGAGGCGGUCUAGUUCCUAUCAAGUAUCGAUGGAUUUGCUGGAAGACCCUACUGUAAGACAAAGAGCAAUGAGUAUAGCCAGCAUACUCACAAAUACAAUGGAAGAACUUGAGGAAUCCAGGCAAAAAUGCCCACCCUGCUGGUAUAAAUUUGCCAACACUUUCUUGAUUUGGGACUGCUGGGAACCUUGGUUAAAUGUAAAGCACAUUGUUAAUAUUAUUGUCAUGGAUCCAUUUGUUGAUCUUGCUAUUACCAUCUGCAUCAUUUUAAACACACUCUUUAUGGCCAUGGAACAUUAUCCAAUGACCAAACAAUUUCAUGAUGUGCUUGUAGUGGGAAACCUGGUUUUUACUGGGAUCUUCACAGCAGAAAUGGUUCUCAAGAUAAUUGCCAUGGAUCCUUAUUAUUAUUUCCAAGUAGGCUGGAAUAUUUUUGAUAGCAUCAUUGUUACUCUUAGUUUGGUGGAACUUUUUUUAGCAAACGUGGAUGGAUUAUCUGUUCUUCGAUCAUUCAGAUUGCUGCGAGUUUUCAAAUUGGCAAAAUCUUGGCCAACACUAAAUAUGCUCAUAAAGAUUAUUGGUAACUCAGUGGGGGCUCUUGGAAAUUUGACCUUGGUGCUGGCCAUCAUUGUCUUCAUUUUUGCUGUGGUUGGCAUGCAGCUGUUCGGUAAAAGCUACAUGGAAUGUGUCUGCAAGAUCUCUAACGACUGUGUACUUCCACGCUGGCACAUGCAUGACUUCUACCAUUCUUUCCUGAUUGUAUUCCGAGUGCUGUGUGGAGAAUGGAUAGAAACCAUGUGGGACUGUAUGGAGGUUGCAGGCCAAGCUAUGUGCCUUAUUGUUUUCAUGAUGGUCAUGGUGAUUGGAAACCUAGUGGUACUCAACCUUUUUCUGGCCUUGCUGCUGAGCUCAUUUAGCUCAGACAACCUUGCUGCUCCAGAUGAUGAUAAUGAAAUGAACAAUCUCCAGAUUGCCAUGACAAGGAUUCAGAUGGGAAUAGAUUAUGUGAAAAGAGAAGUGUAUGAAUGCAUCCAAAAAACUCUUUUCAGAAAACAGAAAGAUCCAGGUGAAGUAAGAUCCAUUGAUCAGCUAACGGAUCAGAAAGAUGGUUGUAUUUCAAACCAUACUGUAGCUGAAAUAAAGAAAGACUUGCAAUAUCGCAAAAAUGAAAAUGGAACCACUAGUGUUGUGCUUGGCACUGAUUAUGCAUCAUUCAUAAACAAUCCAAGCCUUACUGUUACAGUACCAAUUGCUGUUGGAGAAUCUGAUUUUGACCAGUUAAAUACAGAAGAGUUCAGCAGUGAGUCAGAGCUGGAGGAAGGCAAGGAGAAGUUAAACAUUUCAAGCUCCUCUGAAGGAAGUACAAUUGAUCUUGUUCCUGCUGGAGAAGAAAAAGCAGACGUUGAGCCAGAACAAACAUCAGAACCAAAAGCCUGUCUUACAGAAGGCUGUGUACAACGGUUCAAGUGCUGCCAAAUCAACAUAGAAAGUGGGAAGGCAAAAGUGUGGUGGAACUUUCGAAGAACCUGUUACAGGAUAGUAGAACACAGCUGGUUUGAAAGCUUUAUUGUUUUUAUGAUUCUUCUCAGCAGUGGUGCUCUGGCUUUUGAAGAUAUAUAUAUUGAACAGCACAAAACUAUUAAGACUAUACUGGAAUAUGCUGACAAAGUCUUCACUUACAUCUUCAUUCUAGAAAUGGUGCUAAAAUGGGUGGCCUAUGGCUUUCAAGUAUAUUUCACUAAUGCCUGGUGCUGGCUGGACUUCCUGAUCGUUGAUGUUUCUUUGAUUAGUUUAACAGCUAACGCGUUGGGCUACUCAGAACUUGGUCCAAUUAAAUCACUUAGAACACUAAGAGCCUUGAGACCUUUACGGGCUUUAUCACGAUUUGAAGGAAUGAGGGUGGUUGUGAAUGCCCUUGUAGGAGCAAUACCAUCUAUUAUGAAUGUCCUUCUGGUUUGUCUUAUAUUCUGGCUUAUCUUCAGUAUCAUGGGAGUUAAUUUGUUUGCUGGCAAGUUCUUCUACUGUAUUAACCUCACAGAUGGGCAACCUUUUCCAGCAAAUACAGUUCCAUAUAAGAAUAUUUGUGAAAGUUAUAUGGAAAAAGAUGAUAAUGUUCAGUGGAAAAAUGUGAAAGUAAAUUUUGACAAUGUCGGAGCCGGCUAUCUUUCUCUGCUUCAAGUAGCUACAUUUAAAGGAUGGAUGAAUAUCAUGUAUGCAGCUGUUGAUUCUGUAAAUGUAAAUAUGCAGCCCAGCUAUGAGCAUAGCUGGUACAUGUAUAUCUAUUUUGUCAUCUUUAUCAUCUUUGGCUCAUUCUUCACUUUGAACCUUUUCAUUGGUGUCAUCAUCGACAACUUCAAUCAGCAAAAGAAGAAGCUUGGAGGUCAAGACAUCUUCAUGACAGAAGAACAGAAGAAAUAUUACAAUGCAAUGAAAAAGCUAGGUUCCAAGAAACCACAAAAACCUAUACCUAGGCCAGCGAACAAAUUCCAAGGUCUGGUGUUUGAUCUUGUUACAAAGCAAGCAUUUGAUAUCACCAUCAUGAUUCUUAUCUGCCUUAACAUGGUCACAAUGAUGAUAGAAACAGAUGAACAAAGUAAACAAGUGACUGAUGUUUUAGACCAGAUUAACGUGGUCUUCAUAGUCCUUUUCACUGGAGAAUGUGUCCUGAAACUGUUCUCACUCCGCUAUUAUUACUUCAAAAUAGGCUGGAACAUUUUUGAUUUUGUAGUUGUCAUUCUCUCCAUAAUAGGUAUGUAUCUAACUGAUUUGAUUGAAGAAUAUUUCGUGUCCCCCACCUUGUUCAGAGUCAUCCGACUUGCCCGAAUUGGUCGAAUCCUGCGACUCAUUAAGGGAGCUAAAGGGAUUCGCACUCUGCUCUUUGCUUUGAUGAUGUCUCUUCCUGCUUUGUUUAACAUUGGCCUCCUGCUGUUCCUGGUCAUGUUUAUCUAUGCCAUAUUUGGGAUGUCCAACUUUGCCUAUGUUAAGAAGGAAGCUGGGAUUGAUGACAUGUUCAACUUUGAAACCUUUGGCAACAGUAUGAUCUGCCUAUUUCAAAUUACCACAUCCGCUGGUUGGGAUGGCUUGUUAGCACCAAUUCUUAACAGUGGGGAACCAGACUGUGACCCAUAUAGAGUUCACCCUGGAAGCUCUGUUAAAGGAGACUGUGGUAACCCUUCCGUUGGGAUUUUCUUUUUUGUCAGUUACAUUAUCAUAUCAUUUCUAGUUGUAGUAAACAUGUAUAUUGCUGUGAUUUUGGAGAACUUCAGUGUUGCAACUGAAGAAAGUGCUGAGCCCUUGAGUGAGGAUGACUUUGAAAUGUUCUAUGAAGUUUGGGAAAAGUUUGAUCCAGAUGCAACACAGUUCAUAGAGUUUAGUAAACUGUCUGAUUUUGCAUCUUCACUGGAUCCUCCUCUCCAUUUACCAAAACCAAAUAUAAUUCAGCUUAUUGCAAUGGAUCUGCCCAUGGUAAGUGGUGACAGAAUUCAUUGCCUGGACAUCUUGUUUGCUUUUACAACACGUGUUUUGGGUGAAAGUGAUGAAACAGAUGCACUUCGAAUACAAAUGGAAGAACGUUUUAUGACUGCAAAUCCUUCCAAAGUCUCCUAUGAACCAAUUACAACCACAUUAAAAAGAAAGCAAGAGGAACUUUCUGCUACUGUUAUUCAGCGUGCUUAUAGACUAUACCUUUUAAAGAAAUCAGUGAAAAAAAUUUCAUUUAUGUAUAGCAAAGAUAAAGUUGAUCUGCCUAUGAAAGAAGAUAUGCUUAUCGAUAAGCUGAGUGAAAAUUCAGGUCCUGAAAAAACAGAUGUGACCUCAUCCACAACCUCUCCACCAUCCUAUGAUAGUGUAACAAAGCCAGACAAAGAAAAAUAUGAAAAAGACAAAUCGGAAAAAGAAGACAGAGAUAAAGAUAUCAGGGAAAGUAAAAAGUGAAAGGAGACAAAGACAAAUUGUUCAUGACAAAUUGUUUACAGCCUGAGAUGGUGAUAUUUUUGUCAAUAGGGCUCCUUUGGGAGCUCUAUGCCAAACUGACAUAUUUUUACAAAUAUACCCACAUACUUAAGGUCAGUGCCUAUAUAAAGACAAUGACCCCUCAUUAUCCAACUGUGACUCUGUAACCAGGGCAACAACCUUGCCAGGAAAUUAGUUUUCAUGAUCAUUUGGCCCUAAUGAAGAGACAACACAAAAUGGCGACUCAGACUGUAGGGACCAUUGUAAGGGGCGCAAAAUUAUAAUUAUGUGUAUGUUAACAAAAACACGUUAGUGGAGCAGUUGUAUCCACUGUGUGCAUUUCAGCUGCCACAUUUGUCCUAGUGUUGUAAAGAGUUUUGUUGGUACAAACAUUUGUUUUAAUUCAGAUUGUUCUAUCUGUUUUUUUUAUGUAGUGAAGAGAUAAUUACUCUUUCACAAAUAUACCCAUGUCAGCUAUUUA